AUGAAGACCGUCGGAUAUUUCCUCCUUGCCUUCUCUGCGCUCAGCGUAGUUGUCGCUGAAGGCACGCUUCCACCAUCCCCAACAGUUUCGGUAGGAUGUGAGCCUCAUGGUGACCACUGGCACUGUGACGGACCGGCUGUCCCUUCGACCUCGGCCGCCGCUCCUCCAACCCAGACCCCAACCAAGCCUAGCCCAACUGAGUCUGUGGGUUGUGAGCCUCAUGGAGACCACUGGCACUGUGAUGGCCCGGCUGUCCCUUCAACCUCAGCUGCCGCUCCUACGACCACUUCACACGAUGAAGGUCACGCAACGCAGACCCCAACCAAGCCUAGCCCAACAGAAUCCGUCGGCUGCGAGCCCCACGGAGAUCACUGGCACUGUGAAGGACCUGCCCCUGGCACCAGCGCACCUCAUCCUUCCGGAUCAAGCACUCAGUCUCUUAAGCCAAGCCCAACUGAAUCCGUCGGAUGUGAGCCUCAUGGUGAUCAUUGGCACUGUGAUGGGCCUGCCACCGGAACUGGGGCACCCCAUCCUACUGGAUCCUAUCCUACCGGAAUGACCACCCAGUCUCUUAAGCCAAGCCCAACCGAGUCAGUUGGGUGUGAGCCUCAUGGAGACCACUGGCACUGUGAUGGACCACGGACAACUGGGACUGCGCCUCCAGCACAGUACACGGGUGCUGCUGGGUAUGUUCGCGUCCCCCUCCAUCAGGCUGUGGGUGCAGUGGCCGUCAUGGCCGCAGUUGUGGUCUAUGCCUAG